AUGAAGCCCAUAACAGGUUUAUUAUUUGUAUAUCUGAGAAUGCUUCUCCAUGUUGAAGCAGAAAAAGGCACAAGAAUCGAAAGACGUUCCACACUGGGAGCCAUUAUAACAAAGAAAGGCUUCAUUUUACAGGGUUUCUCUUUUAAGCGAGCGAGAGUAUCGAGCUUUACCUCGUGUGGCCAGGUUUGUCUUAAAGAUCCGAGGUGCGUUUCCACAAACUUUAACUUUCUAAUUGAAGACACAAGGUAUGGUUGUGAGUUAAACAACGCUGGUCUGCAAGAAGACGUCACCUUGGUACUGCAUAAAGGGGUAGUGUUUUCACAGUAUGCUUACAAAAAGGUAAUCUUACAUACAUUACAUGUCCUUGAUAACGAAGAAAAACAUAAGAGAAAAUAAUAACGAAAAUUUAUAUCGGUUUAAAUCACACAAAUAUUCGAAGCCCGUACAUUUUUUCUCUAAAUCCAACCCGCUCAAUACGGACAUCCGUUAAUCAGGGCCACCCAACGACGGCUUACCCUUAAAUACGUUAAAAAGAGUUUUUAGGCUAUCUAGAGUACUUUUAGAUCUGAAGAAAUACAUACUAAGGGGCUCUGUAAAAUUCCUAUCUAUUCGGUCAUCUUAGGGCAACUUGAGCCUUUUCGAAAUUACAAGGGCUUCGAGUAUGAUUUUCCCGAAAAUUUUAGAUGCAAUUUAACGUUUAACGAAAAAGAUAAUUUUUCUGAUUCCUCUCUACAUGACAUUUUCGAAUCCGAAAAGUUAAGGUUUCGUUUUUCUGCGAAAAUAGCCUUACCUGGGCAGUGAAAUAUGAAAAAUUAAACUUCAGGAAAUCGUAAGGAAUUUAUUAGACAAGCUUCGAAAAUUUUAAAUGAAUGGAACGGUCAUCCAGAAAUUUUUAGCCUUCCUCAAGCUAUGAAAGUUCUAGGGAAUUUUUGCUUCUCCGAACAGAUAUUUUACAGAACACAGUCGUUAGGUACCCCUGGUUAAUGCGGACAACGGACACUUUUUCCUGUCCCAAUCCACAGAUUCUUAUAGAAAGUCAACCUCGUUAAUGCGGACACUUCAUUAUAAAGUGUGUACGUUUCUAUUGUUUGCGCCAGCAAGUACGAAAUGGUUAGGAUGACGUAAAGACAGAAAAUCCCGAAGCAACCGCUCAGGUAGAUUUUGUGACAAUUAUUGUGUAGUCAUACUUCGAUACUCUUUUGGGUUACGCAGUGACAUUCUGUGGAGCAGUUGUUUUGAAAGUUAUGGACCAAAAGACACUCGUUAAGUGCAGAUGAGGUUAUAAGGUGCGUUUAACCGUGUAUACUGAUAAACACUUGGAGAGUUUGACGGACACGAGUGCACAAAUCUUUGAUUUAUAUUGGAAACCUUGCCAGACACUCUUUCUCUCUCUUUGACCGGAUAAGAUUCAGCCCCAAACAAGCAACACGAGUGAACAACGGCUAGCUUAUCACUAGCAGAACCAUGGACGAUUGCAGAAAUUCGCCGACAAUCAAAUUCUGUGCUGACUUAUUCCCUCCUCACAGAUGUCCUUCCGUUAUAAAGUUUCAAAUAAGACUAGAAUGCGUGUGCGUGAAUCGAUCAAACGUCCUUUUAAUUUCUAAGGCUUAUUACUUUCCGGCGAAUAAAGUGAACUGAAUGUAAAAAGUGAAAGAGAAAUAGCGAAAAAUUCAACUUGUAAUUAAAUCUUUUCUUAUGGUUUAUAAUAAACUAUUCUCGAAACUGAGAAUGUUUUGAUCAAAGCUGUCUAAAUCGACCUGAAACUGUGCAUGGAAGCUUGCGUUUCCUGUAUUUCUCUCACCUAUUGUAUGGAAUAUGUGUGAAAAUCUUCAUUAUGAAUCGUUAUAUUUCAAAGAGCUACACAACGAGCAAGAAUACUAUUGACCGACAACAUAUACAGAACGGGGGACAGCUGUAGUGUUAACUAUUACUAGUAUAACUAAUGUAUAGAUGAGCGAUGUUUGAGUGUUUCCGUGGAUUUAAUCCGUGGAAUGACAGCUGAUGACGGCUGUAUGAAACUGUUAGAGAUGUAUAAUUUGACAAUACUUGAUAAAUGUCUUUUUUUUUUUUAAUUUCUUUAGAAUUUUGCUUUAAAUAAAGGUGUUCUAUUUAUUUAUUGUUUUUUUUUACUAAUUAACAUGACCCGCUUAAUACGGACACCCCGUUAAUACGGACACUUUCGAUGAUCGCUUCAGUGUCCGUAUUAAACGCCGCUUGAACGCCAUUUUGAAUUUCGAGCCGUUUGCUAUCUAGGCAAAAUUGAACUAUUUUAAUAGUUUAUACAAAAAACAUGAUACAAUUACGCAUUUUGAUUCUUUGAAGGACUACAGCCUGUUGAUACAAAUUAUUAAAUUAAGGUAAAGUCAAAAAUUUAAUUCCGUUUACCAUUGUUUAACAGCACACGUUUCAUGACAUCGAUGAAGAGCAUACGGAAGGUACAAUAAAUCCUUUAACCUUUAUUCUUGAUAUGUUUUUUUUUUCAUAACUUUAAGUCUAAUUGUUGCAAUAGUAAACUGCCUGAUAACAUUCGAUCGAACAACAUGUUUUAUGUAUUCUUGUAUUUCUCUAUCCUCAGAGACCAGAGAGACCCAGCGGCAGAUAUAAUAGUGCGGGCGAGGGAAAGAAUAAACGUUUGGACUUCCCCUCGCCACCACUAUAUACCUCUGGGUCUCCGAGGAUGUCUUUGGAUAGCCUUGAACGGGAAUUAUUUUUAUUCACUUUUUCCCAAGAAGCCUCAUUUCCAGACAAAUAUAUCAUCAAAUCAAUGGUUGCACGCAUUUUCCACUUUUCACUUCGGCUGAUUAUGAAGAAUUGCUCGAGAGAAUAAUAACAAGUUUAAUUUUAAACAUGGUCCGCCGGGGAGCGUACGGACGUUUUUCUUAACCCUUGACGAUGGAUUUUGAUAAUUUUGGCUGGGUAGUUCGUGGUUUCAAAUGUGGUAUAUGUUUUGAGUUAUGGCUAUAUUUUUAAGAUUUGACAACAGUGAAAAUGAAUUUAACAUGAAAGCGAGGCUAAAAGAUGAAACUAAGCAAAUUCUAAGAAAUGCACUCCACAAAGAAAACUGACAUGCUCAUGUAUCUCCUUAGACUUCUCCAACACACUUACAACAAAAGCACCGCCGUUUUAAUAGGGAGCGAUAUGAUAAAACCCGUUGUUCUUCUGAGAUGUAACACAAUAUUAAUGGAACAAUUAAAAAAAAAGUUUGCUUUUUGUUUUUUCUUUGCCUGACAAUGGAUCCUUAAACGAGGAAAACACUCGGUAUCAUCCACAAAAGACUUUGAAGGUUGUAUCAUCCGUUGAACAAAGAUACCGUGUCACAUCUCAUAAGAAGCACGGUAUUUGUCAUAUCACUCACUAUUAAAACGGCGGUGCUUCUGUUGAAAGUAUGUUGGAGAAGUCUAAGGAGAUACACGAGCAUGUUAGUUUUCUUGUGAAGUGAAUUUCUUCCUUACAUAAAUCAGAGUUGAAAGUCGGAGCGAAAGUACAAUUUAAGUAAAAGUGACACUUUGCAAACUCGCUUCCUCAGUAAAUUUUUCAUCACAUCCAACUCAAACUAGCAGGCUCACUUGUAUCACGAAAAUAGGACUGUUAACGCUGUUGUUGAUAAUGACUGACAUUUCGACAACCUGUGCGGUAGUCAUGUUCAGAGUCAAAGUGAGUUGUAUCACGUCAGUUAAUGGUUUUAUACUCUGGUUAUAGAUCUGAUUGGUUAAUUACGUCGCGAUAUGUUAUUGGUCGUCUGUCAGUUAAACCGUGAUGUUAUUGUUUAAUUGGCUAUGAAGACUCGUAAUCAGUAAUUGGAGCGUUUCGAUCCGUCUACUGUCACAGCUACACCGUCGUCUAUUGAUAGUUAAAUUGUCAGUUCUCAAGUCGUGCGUUCUCUCGUAGUUAGUUUUGCUUGAUCUCAUCAAUGAGUCGUCUGUACCGUGCUGGUAACUGUUGGUUACGAUUCAAUGGCGUUUGUUCUAAGUUAGUAAACCAGCUUUCUAAAGAAAGUCGUUGAUAGUAGUCUUUAGAAUACGCUAUGCAUGUUGCAGAGUUCCAGUCGAUUUGGUGUUCCGUCUGUAAAUGGUGCUCAGCAAUGUGAUUGUUGACGUCACCAUUUUCUCGCUGCUCGGUUGUGUUCGGUCAGUCGUUUGCUAAGGUUUUCUGCCGGUUUCACAAAUGUAAGUAGCCUGGAAGUCGCAGCAUUUGAUCUUGUCUAGUCUGCUCCCUGUCUGUCCUCCCCUUUGUCUUUAUCCUUGACAUCAGUAAGUAGUCGUCGUAAAGUGUUUAUCGGUUUGUGUGCAACACGUAUAUUGUAAGGUUGUAGUUUCAGAGGUGCCUCUGAUGUACGGUAUAGUCGCGGCUGUCGUAACAAAGCCAGAGUUGACGUUGGUCUGAGUGUUGGAUUCAGUGUUACUGUGAGUGUUCCGUCUAACAAAGUCCGCUGUUUAGGUAGUCAGUCUAUAUAGUAGCAGUCUUAUCAGAGGCCCAGUUGUUCGAUGACUGGUAUAGUAAUCGGUCGGUAUGACUGUGACCGGUCAUCGUACAACUCUUACAAUAUACCUGUUGCACGCAAACCGAACUGCUGUCACUGUUGUCAUGUUUUAAAAAUAUAACUUUAAAUCAAAAUGUAUACCUCUAUUUGAAACCACGAACUACCUACCCCCCCAAAAAAAGGGUGCUUUAAACUAUCAAAAUCCAUCGUCAAGCCUUUUCUGUCGCCUAAGUUGAGCAAAACGUCCCUAGCUCCAGGACUAUAUGAUACAAACUUCUUUCCUUAGUUUCUUGCUUCGAUAAUCCCAUUGGUGUAGCUGACUCUGAAAUUAUCCCUAACGACCAAAUGACUGCUUCAACAAGGUAUUCUGGUCAUCCUGCUUAUCACGGUAGACUUCAUUACCCUAACAGCGCCUGGUGUGCAAAAGACAGUGCCGAAGAUGAAGAUUGGCUUCAAAUUGAUCUGGGAACCACAUAUGAAAUAUGUGGGGCUGCUACCCAAGGGACUGGAAACCAGAAAUACAACGAAUACGUAACGAAAUUCAAAUUGUCUUACUCCUCUGAUGGAAGCAGCUGGACUAUGUAUACUGGUACUGGAGGCUCAGAAACGGUAGGAAGCCAGAAAGUUAUAAAUUGCAAAAAUAUGGCAAAAUUUCGAAGCUUUGCAAAAACGCUGCCAUAUAGUUCUCUUAUGAUUUGUUUUCCUUCCGUUCAAAAAAGAUACAGAUUGCCAAAUGUUGUUUGCUUCCUGAUUUCUUUUUAAGGUACAUUUUUUUAUAAACAAAAAAUUCAAGAGAGGGUAUCUGCAGAAGUUUCACCAUAUUCGGCCUCUUUUUCGAGCAAAGUAAAUCAAUGUGAAUAAAUAAAUGUACAGCAUUUAUUUUAAGCUGUCAUUUUUUUUAUACAAUUUAACGGACCAAAUCAAAACAAGAGCACGCUGGAUUUUAUUUCAGUUAGAGUUUUUAGUGAACUAAGUAGUUAGCGAAACUUGGCCACCCAACGCCAUAUAAGUGGUUGCAAUAUCGUGUUUUUAAACACGAUAUUGCAUUAAAAUGUUGCAAAAGCUCGAAAUUUAUAAACGGGCUUCUUAGAUAUACGAUUACUUACUUCUCGCAGCCUUGACCUUUCGUUGCAUCUAUACAAUGCUACACCACUUCUCCGUACACUAUCUUAAAAUUCAUGCUAUAUACUCGUUAACUGCAGGAUAAACCCUUUCAAAAGGUAUUAACCACCGCGACAGAAAAGGCCAAAAUCACACACAAAAUACUCAUCAUUUACAACAUCAAGGCAGGAAUUAUAGGAAUUGGAACUAUCUUCCAUCUAACAUUUAUUAUCGGAAAAAUGAGAAUUUUGAAGAAAAAACAACAUGGCUGUCUGAAGUCACUUAUCACGAUCACGUCCAUGUCAGCUUGGCGGCCUUAACGUGAAUGGUUUUGAAGUCAUUCAACUUUUUAAUCAGGGAGGGAUUUGGGUGGGGGAGGGGUGCAACCUGAAAUGGGUUAAAAACUUAAAUUCUUCAGAUUGGCUCGUUUCGACAUAUGUAUUUCGAGUUUCAGAAUGUAACAGGCGUGUAGUCUAUAAAGUAACAAGGAAACAAUUCUCAUGUUUUAUGUUAGUGGACUGCGACUAAGCCGAGGUAUAUAAAUAACAGAACUUGGUAAACACCAGACAAGAUUGGUAAAAAACGCGUACUAUACAUUGAAAUCCUUCGUCUUAGUUGUGUUGCAUGAAGGUACACUUUUAAUUCUCUUAAUUUAAGUUUUCAAAUCGGGUUACCUUUUUUUUCUUAGGAAUUUCACAGGAAUGGAGGCAAAAACACAGUAGAUGAACACCUGUUGCCAUCGCCACUGUCCACACGAUACAUUCGCUUCUAUCCAACAGAUCAAGUUAGCUGGAACUGCCUCAGAGUGGAACUGUACAGCACAGCUCUUUUAAAAUGA